AUGCUGUGGCUAGCACCGUUCUGUUCCGAUCAGCAGGGAGCGGUGGCCAGAGCUACCGAGAAGAAGAUGACGCCGCCUCUGCUGGCGCUCCUCCUCCUCUGCCUCCAGGCCGCACACGCCGCCGCCGGCGCGGCCCCGAAGCCAACCCUAUGGCCGCACCAGUUCCACGCGACGCUGGUGCUGGACUACCACGGCAACCUGUCCAUCGCCGACCUCUGGUACGACUGGCCGCGGGGCCUGAACCUGCACAUCAUCCGCGACCAGCUCGCCGCCGACGCGCCGCUCUACGACGCCCAGUGGACCAACGGCACCUCCUUCUUCUACACCCCGGCGCGCCGGGAGUGCCGCCCCGUCGCGGUCGGCGUCGGCAUCCUGCGCCCCGACUGGCUCGCCUCCGGCGUCGCCUACGUCGGGCGCGCCCCCGUCGGCGGGUUCGACUGCCACGUCUGGACCAAGGCCGACUUCAUCACCUACUACGAGGAUGUGGCCACCAGGCGCCCCGUCAAAUGGGUUUUCCACACAACAGGGCGGAUCGCAAACGUGAUGAGCUUCGAGCCAGGGGCGGUGCCGGAGGCCGCGCAAUGGCAGGCGCCUGACUACUGUUUCGCCAAGCACGGCAAGGGAAUGGCCAAGGACAGCCUCAUCUCUGAUCCUGACGGACAUGGCGAUGAGAGCUUCAUCCCCAAGAUGAGAAUGCUGAGAGGUUAAUUAGGCUAUAUCGCGGAGUGGAAUAAUUAUGACCGCUGCUGUUGAUGAAUGUGUUGGUCUCGAUCGGCGUUUGAUGCCUAGUGCAGUGACAUGACCGUGCUGCUGCUGAUCAAGUGUCUGUAAAUGGUGCUGUCUUCAGCCAUCAGCUGUUUUUGCGUGGAAAUCGAUCUGUUUACAUAGUCUGGCAA